CGCACGACCACCUAACCUAUUUUUGGACUGUUUUGUUUGAAUUAUGUUUUUUAUUUGAAAAUUAUUUUAUCUGCUUGUUGAAUUGAAACCAUGUUUUUACAAAUAAUAAGUUUAGUGGGAGUAGGUAUUUUGUGGGGAGGAACAAAUCCGUUAAUCAAAAAGAACUCGCAAGAUAUCGUUAAAGUUAAGGCAGACUCAAAAAUUCUUCAAUUUAUUUUAGAAAUAAAAUUUCUAGCGACCAAUACACGGUAUUUAUUCCCUAUGUUGCUCAACCAGUUAGGAUCAGUAAUAUAUUAUCUGACUCUUACGAAUGCUGAUAUUACUCUUGCUGUCCCUGUAGCUAAUUCUUUGUCAUUUGUGUUCACUGCAAUUUCUGGCUGGUUUAUUGAAAAAGAAUUGCCUAAACCAGGCACUUUUAUAGGAGCAAUUCUUAUUGUAAUAGGCACGAUGUUGUGCUGUUUAGGUAAAUACGAAGAAACCAAAUGAUAAAUAGACCAAAAUAUUGUCUAAAUUACUUUAUUUUUACAUUUAUAACAUUUUUUUAAUACAUAACUAUUAUAAAAUACAUUUUCUUAAGAAAAUUCUACAACCUAACAAGCUAUUUAGUUAGUCCAACAUAUUUACAAAAAAUAUAUAUAGUACUUAAUUAAAUCUUAAAAAAAUAGUUUAUAUUUGUAAAAUAUGGCACACUUGUUAUAAUUAAAUUCACUUAAAAUAUCACAUUAAUCUUGUUUUUUAUAUUCCUUGUUAAAUUAGAAUAAAAAUUGUUUUGUAAUACAGUAAAUAUGUAGAGGGUGCUAACAGAGUGCCAUUUUGAUUUUUUUCAACAAUACAAAGUGUCCAAUAUAAAAAAUCAAAAAUUAAAUAUAUAGUGUGUUAUGUUUAGAAUCCUGAAUAUUGGAGAAAAUGGUCUAGAAAUACAGUAGCAAUAAAUAGAGAAAAAUAGAGCUACCUGUUAUCCCACUAUUUUAUUUUAGAAUUCAUUUUAUUUUUUAAAAUACCUAAUUGAAUACCAUUGAUAUUUAGGUACUUUCUAGUAAAAACUGAUAGAUAUUACUGAUAACUACAUAACUUUCACCAUCUUUAACAACAGUUUUUGGAGUACUGAAAUUUAUGCUGUGCUAUAGAUCGCUGAGUGCAGGCAGCAAUGUCUUCCUUAUCAUCGAAAGGGCAUAGUUAAAUAAGUUUCUCUUUAUUUUUUUUAUGUCCAAAUGUAAUCUUUAUUUUGUCAGGAUUGCUAGGUUAACAUACUAUAUAUAUUGCAAUUUGGGUUGGUAGAUAUUAGAACAUUCUGUAUUUUUUGAAAUAAAGUAUAUACAAGUACAGGUACUUUUUAGAUACGUUUAUAUUUGGUUUAGAAAUGGAGAAAAACAUAAAAUAUAGGUACUAAUUAAAUUUAAAAAAUACGUCAAAUU